UUGGACGCAUUAGUUGUUUAACAAUUUAUUUUCACAUUAUCCUGCAGUUAGUUAAAGAAAGCUAAUAAAUUUAAUAUUUUGUCAAUUAUCAUAUAGAGUAACGGCCCUAAAAUGACUAUUGGCAAGAAUAAUAAAAUGAUCCAGCACCUGAACUAUCGGGUGCGGAUUGUUCUGCAGGAUUCAAGAACUUUUAUUGGAACAUUUAAGGCAUUCGAUAAACAUAUGAAUCUUAUAUUGGGCGAUUGCGAAGAGUUCCGUAAAAUCCGCUCAAAAAAUUCCAAAGUGCCGGAGCGUGAGGAGAAACGUGUACUUGGAUUUGUACUGCUGCGUGGCGAAAAUAUAGUUUCCCUUACAGUCGAGGGACCCCCACCACCUGAGGAAGGUCUUCCUCGUGUGCCCAUUCCAGGCGCUGCUCCAGGUCCAGGCAUUGGUCGUGUCGCUGGUCGUGGUGUACCUAUGAACAUUUCUUCCGUGCCGGCUGGCCUGCAAGGCCCCGUUAGGGGUGUCGGCGGUCCUGCCCAACAGCAUAUGGCCCCCAUGGGCCGUGGAGUACCUCGAGCUCCUAUGAUGGGUGCUCCACCACCGGGCAUGAUACCUGGGGGUAUUCCUGCUAUGCCGGGCAGCCUUGGGCGGGGUGCACCACCACCCAUGCGAGGACCACCACCAAUGAUGCGCGGCGCACCACCACCGGGACGAGGUGGAUAUUAAUUAAACAACCCAUUCGCUUAUCUUCAUAGUAAAUAAAAUAAAAUUCAACUUCAGUCAU